AUGUCUGACUCAGACCUCAUGAAGGGUGGGGGACCGGCCAUCAGGAGCCCCGAAUGCCGUUUGUCUCCGACUCCUCGAAUGGAGUUCCGCGGCUCCUUCAAGGUGGGGGAGCGCUCGCCGAAUGUCACAGAGAAGGUCACACAGGUUCUCUCUUUGGAGUCUGAUGUGCUGCCUGAAUACAAACUCCAGGUACCAGAAACGACAUGGUGGAUCUUGCUUCACUACAGCCCCUUUAAGGCAUUUUGGGACUGGAUUAUUCUCCUUCUGGUCCUCUACACAGCUGUUAUUACUCCUUACUCAGCUGCCUUCCUGUUGGAUGAACAUGGGAAUUUACGCCAAAGGAGUUGUGGCUACACAUGUAACCCUCUAAAUGUGGCAGAUCUUAUGGUGGACGUGUUGUUUAUUGUGGAUAUAAUCAUCAACCUUCGGACGACCUAUGUGGACCAAAAUGACGAGGUAGUCACGCAGCCGAGCCAGAUAGCAAAGCAUUACAUCAAAGGCUGGUUCCCUAUUGAUCUGUUUGCAGCAAUCCCGUUUGACCUUCUCAUUUUCAGAUCAAGCUCGGAUGAGAUGGCAACCUUAACAAGCCUCCUGAAAACAGCUCGGCUAUUGCGAUUGGUCCGUGUGGCAAGAAAGCUUGACCGAUAUUCUGAAUAUGGUGCUGCUGUCCUCUUCUUGCUCAUGUGCACCUUUGUACUCAUCGCCCAUUGGCUUGCGUGCAUAUGGUAUGCCAUUGGCUUUGUGGAGAGGCCGUACACUGAGACUGGCUGGCUGGACAACCUUGCUGAGCAACUUGGAAAGGCGUAUAAUGAAACCGACUCCAGCUCUGGUCCUUCAGUCAAAGACAAGUACGUCACAGCUCUGUACUUCACCCUGAGCAGUUUGACCAGUGUGGGGUUCGGUAAUGUGUCUCCAAACACGAACUCAGAGAAGAUCUUCUCCAUCUGUGUCAUGGUCAUUGGAUCUCUCAUGUACGCCAGCAUAUUUGGCAAUGUAUCUGCCAUAAUCCAGCGGCUGUACACUGGUACAACCCGGUACCACACCCAGAUGCUGAGAGUCAAAGAGUUUAUCCGCUUCCAUCAGAUUCCAGGUAGUCUGCGCCAACGACUAGAGGAGUAUUUCCAGCAUGCAUGGACAUACACAAACGGCAUAGACAUGAAUGCUGUGUUAAAGGGAUUUCCAGAGUCUCUGCAGGCAGACAUCUGUUUGCACUUGCACCGCUCUCUGCUACAGAACUGCAAGGCUUUCCGAGGAGGCAGCCAAGCAUGUCUCCGUGCCUUAUCUGUGAGAUUCAAGACAGUCCAUGCACCUCCCGGAGAUACUCUGAUUCACUAUGGAGACAUCCUCGACUCUCUCUUCUUCAUCUCACAUGGUUCCAUCCAGGUCACCAGAGAUGAUGUAGUGGUGGCCAUAUUAGGUAAAAAUGACAUCUUUGGUGAGCAUAUCCACCUUUAUGAUGAGCCAGGGAAAUCAAGUUCAGACGUACACUCCAUCACCUACUGUGACCUGCACCGCAUCCUUAGGGAUGACCUUCUUGAGGUCCUGGAUAUGUACCCAAGCUUUGCAGACAACUUCUGGAGGAACCUGGAGAUAACAUUUGACCUGAGAGAUGCUGAUCAAGAGCCACCACUAAUAAUAGCUGAUGAUUCUGGUGAUGACUGUGAAUACCACCACAAACCAAGAUGCAAAAUACACUCACUGGACUGCAGAAAUAGGCCAGGUGGUUACCAGAUGGUUGUGGACUGGCUGGAGACUCGCAUGACAACUGACAUCAGUGUUAUUCUGCAGCUUCUCCAGAGGCAGAUGGCCCCUGUACCUCCAGCUUACAGCACUGUAUCAUCUAGUACUCUCCAUGCUGAUUCCCCUGGUCUGUAUGGGGCUGGAACUCCGGUGCUGCAUAGCAUGUAUCCCAUUUCCCCCAUACAAAUGGACAGCCUAGCACCGACACAGACCUCGGCUGAGACAGACCUUAAGCAGACCAGCAAAUCCCAGGAUUCACUGUCCAGUGGGAUCCACGUGACUGCGGCAUCUGAUGACACCAUGUUCAUGGCUAUCACCCCUGAAACUGACACACAUACUGGGUUAACUCCUCAACUACCCCAGCCAUCAGUCAAAUCCUCCCUCAUGGACAGUUCCAGGCUGUGUGGUAACCUCCGCUACCCUUCACUACCAGAGAGCCUGGACAUACAAUCACGGUUGGCAGAGAUCCAGAAACACCUCUCAGAUCCUGUCCUCCCCAUCGUCUGA